AGGAACCUUUACCCUUUUUAUUUAUUUGGAUUAAUUCCUUUUUCUUUUCGGGCUGAAAAUUACCUGGGUCUCUGUCGCACAGAGCAAAAUCUUUGCGGGUACUUCAAUGUUCCCACUCGUCGCGAGUCGCAAUUGGCUCUGAGCUUGGAAGUAAAAAUUCUGAACUUGCGUGAAACCAUAUCAGAGCAUUUAGCUUUCGAUCUUCGCUGAGAAUCUUCAGCCAUACUAUCUGUAGCAGUGAUGGAUCGGCAGGCUCAUGACUAUGCAGCAGCUGCAGCUAUGGCAUUCGCUCAACAACAGCAACAGCAAGCAGCCAACAUCCAACAGCAGCAACAAUUUGGGUUUCAUCCACAGCACCAGCCAUUUCCUCAACAAAUGCAUGGUCUUCCAUUUCUGCCCCCACAUCCUUCUCUUCAACAGUUUCCUUUUCAUCGCCAUUUGCAACCGCAGCAACAACAGCAAUUCCAUCCUCUUCCGCACCACCCUUCCCAUCCGCUCCAUAUCAGACAGCAGCAGCAGCCACCACCAGCCUUUACACCUCAUAUGCCCCCUCACCAUGUUCCUUCACCGUACCUCAGCCCAUUUGAUUCCGCCCCACCUCCAGUUGCUCCCCCAUCUGAUCCUGAGCUCCACAAACGCAUUGAUAAGCUUGUUGAAUAUGCUGCCAAGAAUGGCCCUGAAUUUGAAUCCAUGAUACGUGAGAAGCAGCAAGACAAUCCUGCGUAUAGUUUCCUUUUUGGAGCUGAGGGGCAUGAUUACUACCGCUACAAGCUUUGGUUAUCUACACGUUCCUCAGGUGCCCCUUUCAAUCCUCCCUUCCCUCCUUCCUCUUUAUCAAUGAUGCCUCCAAACCCCAUGAUGAGUCCAUCUCCCUUAAACCCUUCUCCCUUGAAUGCCCCAGCUUCUGGUGCUGUGGCUUCUGCUUCUUUGCUGGGGACUCCUCAACUGCACCAGCCUCCUUUUCCUCCCUUUUAUGAUCACCAGCAGCAGCAGCAGCAGCAUUCUCAACAUUUUAUGGGCCAGGCUCGACCAGAUUAUGACCCUUCAGCUAAGUCCUUCAAGGGUCUCUCUGGACCACUUCCUUCUGAUGUAGGAGCUGAGCUCAAUAAUGUUCUCAACAAUCUCACUGGUACUAAAGAAUCAAUCAAGGGUGCCAAAAUGUGGUUUAUGCAAAGGUCACCAUUUGCACCAGCUCUGGCAGAAGCUCUCAAAGACAGGGUGCUUGCUCUCGAUGAUUCUGAAAGGCAGUUGCAUAUUAUUUACCUUGCCAAUGACAUUCUUUUCGACAGCUUGCAGCGGCGGAUCAAUCCUACUGACCUUGAUAAUGAGGCCCUUGCCUUCAAACCUGUUCUGGGGACCAUGCUUGCAAGGGUUUACCACAAUCCUCACAAUAAGGAGGCAAACCAAUCUCGACUGCAGAAAAUUUUGUUGUUCUGGGCUUCUAAGGAAGUUUAUGACCGUGAGACUAUUUAUGUCCUUGAGAGUGAGAUGAUGAAUGGGCCACCAAGUACAUUUUCUGGACCGCCAAAUGUGUCUUCUGCUUCUGCAGACCCCUCCGGCAACAUUGGGUUGUUACAUCAAGCACCAUCCCAGAAUCUUUCCCAAUGGCAGCCUGACAAGCAAAAAGGUUCUGAUCUGGAGCAAGCAGAUAAACAAGCUUCUACUGCAACCACACCAUCACCCAUGCCAAGUUCCCAAUUUGCACCACCUGCAAAUCAGCAAUAUCUUUCAAGCGCAGUUCCGGGUGGCAUUUACCCACCAGUCACAACCCCUCCUUUUGUGGGUUCUGUGCCACCUAUUCAACCAGCAAAUCAACCACCUACCCCCAAUUUGUUGCCAACUGCAACGGCUAAUGUUGGAGAAAAGUUACCACCUUAUCCUCUCUUCCCUCCUGGCCUUAUUCCUGGAAUGGUGAAGAAGAUGCAGAUUGGAAGUGGGGUUCCCUACUCUCCGAUGAGUCCUUUGGACAUUCCUACCGUGAUCCCUCCAUCCACCGUACCUCCUUCGGAAAUUUUAGAGAGAGUCUCUAGGUUUUUCAAAGAGAUUGGAGAAGUAAACCCAUCUGAAGGACCCAUGAAACCAUCUGAAUCGAAUGAUGAUGAGGAAGAGUAUGAGAUGGAGCCUCCUGUUCGGAAGGGAGGGGCUUGCAUACCUCCACCCCCAAAUCUGCAGGUGGACCCUGAGACAGGGACUUUUGCUGAUGGGAGUGUAGAACGGAAACCAGGAUCCAGUAGCUCUGGACGAUUGGGGCUUGGAGCUUCGGCUAAUCCAAAUGAGGUGAGUCAGUACGAUGAUGUUUAUACUUCAUAUAGGAAACAGAGAAGCACCAGUUAUCAUUCCUCCAUGAGUGCCAGAUCUGCAGCAAGGUGAUACCGGACACUUUUUAGAAAGUAGGAUCUUAAAUCAGUGUCGUCUUGUUUUGGGAAUUCUUGUUUUGUGCACAUAGCAGUAACUUGGACAAUUUUCCUUGAGAUUCUUGCAGGUUGUGUUUUUGUAGUGUAACUGUUAUUAGGGAUAGUGAUGAUGACAGUAACUUGGACAUUUUUCCUUGAGAUUCUUGCGGGUUGUGUUCUUGUAAUGUCACUGCUAUUAGGGAUAGUGAUGAUGACAAUGAGGCAGGCUGGAUAUGAUGACAGGCCAUUUUGAGGGUGAUGUAUUAUGGGUAAUUGGGUUGCAGAAAUGGUUUAGAAUGAUGGCUUGAAACUGCAUUAGAAAGGAUUUGAAUGCAGAAUACUCUAUACAUUCUCAAUCUCCUAUACCCUAUCUUUUUGGCUCUCAGGCACCUACACAAGUCAGACUUUGCAUCAUGGAAACAGCAAUUGGUUCAUUCUUGAAUGAACCUUCAGGGCUAUCAAGACAGGAUUGCUAUAAAAUGAAGGGGAUGGGCCUUCCCAUGUGGACUGUGUAGAUAACAUAUGGUUGUAGUUUUACCUUGUGAUAUUGUUUCUGAGGACUAGACUGAAAAGAUCAAUUUCAUCUAAUUAAGGGUUAAUUUUUUAGUUCA